AUGGCAUCAACAUUGAAAAUUACACGUAUUGAAACAGGAGAAACAAAUGAAUCAAGUUUAGCAUCACUUGAUUUUGCUCAUACUAAUCACUAUUUGAUUCAAGCAAAAGUCAACAAUCAAUUCAACUUGCUCCAACAAUUCGUUCAAAAUGAAAAAGAUAUUUUAAAAAUUGCAUCAUUUGAUCAAAGUAUUGGUACACUUGUUUAUGUUGUUUGUAGUAUUGCAACACUUUACACAUCGGAUUUUGAUACUAUGACUAAUUUAAGAGAUUGA